AUGUACUCUUUAGGCGAUCGGACAGAUCCAUGUCAGGAACCUCAAAUAGGGGAGUGCCUAUUCUCCCCUAUCCAAGAAAGGGACUUAAUUACUAAAGCUAGGUCUGGUGGGCUCAACGUCUCCCUCCGGACUCGACUUCUCGACGACAGCGAGGACUACUGCCGUAAACAUACUCAAGUUGGAGCCCGCUGGCAGCCGGUGUUACCUAUUGCCUCAUUGGAAUUUAAAACCAACUAA